GUUUUAUCAUUCGACAGAGUGAACAAAGAUUAAGAUGUGAUAUUCUAAGAGUUUCAUAUGGUAAUCACAUUUUAUUAUCGAGAAUGACUGAUUUUGGUGGUGAUACUAGUGUACACUUCUUUGACCAAAAGAUGACAAAUAAACUGAAUUCUACUGCAAAUGAUCGAUCUCCCGACGAAAUCUCUAAAGCCACAGAUAAUACUGGAUAUCGAUAUAAUUUAAACUCGAUUAGGAUUCUCU